GGUUGGAAAUGGAAAUGGAGAGUGAGAGAGAUAGGUGUGAUGGAUUGUGUCGGCCAUCUUUGGAUUUAUCUUAAAGAAAGCUCAACGUGGCGGCCGUACCAGACGACAGACUAGAAGCCAAGUGAUAUGGAAGAAGCGGGUUUAGGAGAUUGUUGUUCCUCUAAUACGACUAUUACGAGGAAAAGCGAGAAGCGAAAGCAGCAGCACCAACAACAAGAGAAGCCAUACAGAGGAAUAAGGAUGAGGAAGUGGGGCAAGUGGGUGGCGGAGAUUAGAGAACCCAACAAGAGGUCGAGGAUCUGGUUGGGUUCUUACGCCACCCCCGUCGCCGCCGCACGCGCCUACGACACCGCCGUCUUCCACCUCCGAGGCCCUUCCGCUCGCCUUAACUUCCCCGAAUUGCUGUCCCAGGACGACGACGUUUCGACCCAACAACAGGGCAAGAUGUCCGCCGAUUCAAUUCGCAAAAAAGCGACCCAAGUCGGCGCCAGAGUCGACGCGCUCCAAACCGCGCUUCAGCAAUCCUCGUCGACACACUCCAUUAGUUCCAGCCACGUCAGCUAUGAGAAACCAGACUUGAACGAGUAUCCCAAACCUGAAGAUUAGUAAUUUCCUUCAACCUUCAAGAUUAAUAUUGAUCCACCAAUCAUGGGUUCUGAUGUGACUUAUAUAUAGGGCUUCAACUUGCCCUCUUCACCUAUGUUAAUUUGAAAAGAAAAAACUUUUAUAUUUGUCAUAUGAUUUAUCUGAGUAAAUAUUUUCUUCCAGUUUAUUUAAUUAAUAUUAGAAAGUGUAGGAAGAAAUAGACACACCUGAUGAGAAUUGAGAUGAGGCUAAUUAACUUGUUAAUGAGGUGAGUAACUCCUUUAACUAUAUAUAAAUUAAGGGGUAUAUAUAUUAUUAGUUGCUCACCUCAUGUUGUUGCUCAUCUCACGAAGAAACUCAUUUUAGAUUACUUUUUUCCUUUCAUUAUGUGUAUGCUGGAGCGGUGGACUGGUAGCUACAUAGAUUCUCGCUAUGAUGGGGCAUAUGAUCAUGAGGUCUUUUCUCAGGUCGGUUGUGUGUUGUAAUUUGUAACGAGAUAUCCGUAACACAAUAGGAUCAAAUUAACCGUGUUUUGUUGUUUCAGAUUA